AUCCUAGCCCUAGGUUCGAAUAGGGAAAGUGCUUAUCAUCAAAUAGGAUACGAACCCACAAUUAACCAAACAGAGUUUGAGCAAUUUCCUGGAAAUUGUCUUCGCAGAAUUCGCUGAUUCUCCUAAACGGAAGAGAGAGAGAUGGAGAAAACCACAGCAGCGACUCUUGUUCUUCUGUUAUUUACAAUUUUCCUGCAACAAGCGCUAUUCCAGGCAUUUGGAGAAGAUGCUGCUGAAAGAAUGGUUCAGCAAGGAAAAGAGCAUGCACAUGAAGUACAUUGCUCUAGAGAAAGAAGUAAGGCUGCCUGGAAAAUUCUAGAGGAGUAUCUGAUGCCAUUUGUUGAGCGGGAAAAUUACCAGAUCUCCAGUAAGUGUAGACUUCAUCCGGACAAUGAUCUCUUCAGGGAUCAAGAGCAGCACAAAAUUCACGUGGACAUAAAUGAAUGGAAGUGUGGAUAUUGUAAGAAGAGCUUCCGAGCUGAAAGAUAUCUCGAUCAGCAUUUUGACAAUAGGCACUACAAUCUUCUAAAUGUUAGUGAGGGGAAGUGCUUGGCUGAUUUAUGUGGUGCCUUGCAUUGUGACUUUGUGAUGAAUUCCAAAUCACCAAGGACAAAAUGCAAUCCUGCCGCUGUUGCAAAAAAUCGCCACCUUUGUGAGAGUCUUGCAGAUAGAUGUUUUCCUCUUAAUCAAGGCCGUUCAGCAAGCCACCUGCAUGAAUUGUUUUUGCACCAAUUCUGUGAUGCGCACACUUGCUCAGGGAAAAAAAAGCAUUUUCCCAAAGGUGGCAAGAAGCAAACAAGUGUUAUCUACCUGGCUGUGUCAAUACUGACUUUGAUGCUUCUGCCUCUGUUCUAUCUUAUUGUUUAUUUAUAUCAAAGAGAAAUGAGGCAGGGAAAACAAGAGUUGAGACGAAUCACUCGAGUUGGACAGAAGACAAAGCCAUCAUAGUUAACAGGCAGUAAACUAACCGAGCCAUCUCAGCACAAAUGCAAGGGAAACAAAAGGAUCACACUGAGCACAUAUGCAAAAGGAGCAGCAGAUGAAUUACACUGUGGACAUCUUGCUACUGCUCGUUACUGUAGUCUCUACAGUGCCAAGAGGUGUCUUUCUUUCCUUUUGGCAGCAUCAGGAGGGGUAUCCAUUUUAAUGUAAUAGUAUAGAUGAUAUGGAAAUCUGAAUGCACUCGGUCCUUUUUUUGUAAUUCUUCUAGUUGUCAUUGUUUAAAAGUGGAUGCUGAUUCGUGAUUCAUUUAUUCGAAAAUGUCUGACCAUACAUUCUUUCCAAAUUCAUGUACUUCAACCGAUUAAAUACCACAUUUACUGCAAUUCUCUUUGA